AUGGAUUCCCCAGCGAAAAAAAGGAAAAUUAGUGAGACUACAGGCAUUUCUGUGGCUCCAGAGCUUUCUAAAAAUGACCCCCAUCAGUCGAGACCACCCUCCUUUCAGUCUCCAACGAGAGCUAGUCUCGCACGAUCACAUCCCGAUAUAUUAGAGCGCGCAAUCAGCAGAUCUCCUGCCCGACGACCAGCAGACAAAGACAGCGGGCAACAAGAUCCCCGAAAAUUUGGAUUACGCGAUCGCAAAGCGCUCCGGCCCUCGCUCACUGCCUCUGCAAGUCCCCUCACUCGACCUCGAGGCCCCGAAGCCCCCCAAAGUUCCCCCAACAGGCGCCCAAGUGGCGUCCAAGCGUUCGCAAAACCUCCACGCAGGAUUUCAAGGAGGAUUCUUCCAGGAGAUUUAGUGUUUGGGUCCCCAAUGCCACAACCAAAAAAUCCCGAUUCGAAUACCCCCGAGCAUCAAUUAGCAUUGGAAUUGGGCAGCGCCACAAGAGAAGCAGAUAUGAAUAUUGGUCCGGACCCCAAUUUCAUGGAUGAAGAUAUGCUCGAACCAGAUCUUCCCCCCACACCAACACAACUAGGUCUCGAAAAGGCACCGGAUCGACCCAGAGGGAUGGUGAGUAGCAGCCCUAGUAGACGACAAGAGAAACGAGCGAAACGACGAACUGCCAAUGCAUUAUACGAAAGCCCUCUGAAGGCAGUGAAUUUCCAAUCCCCUCCACUAGAAGAUUUGGAGACAGCUUCAGACCUGGGUGCGGGUUCAGCAGCUGUUCGCGAGAAACGCAGUUCACGCGAGAAGAGCGCCGCGGACCUUCGACGGCUGAGAAACGAAGUUGAAGAACUGGAAUCAUGGGCAAAGCAAAUCGAAUCCAAUCCUGAUCUGAAAGACGAGGACGGAGGUCUCGACAGAUUUCUGUCUUUACUCACGUCGGAAGAGGCGAAUCGUACAAGUCUGCCAGUAGUCCAAACAACUCCCAAGUCAAUAUCGUCCAUACUCGCCACUUUACUCCCAUUCGCGACCAACAUCCCUCGCCCAAAACGCGAAUUAUCACCUCUACCAACAAAUCCAUUUGCCCUACAAGAAGCCUCUCAAUCGCUGCCAUACCUGACAGCUUUUGCGCCCUUAACGCUCAAAACCCGCACAACUCGGUCGUCACGUAGGGAGGAGCUGUCAGAAAUACAUACACUGUCCUUCUCUCCCCCAUCUCCAUUUCCAGCCAGUUUAUACAAUGUGACUGUUAUCUACGAGACGAACCCGGAGACCCAGUCUUUGACCUCUUUGUCAGUGCCUACUGGCAGUGACAGCAAGAAAAGAAAAGUCCCCGAAGCUCUCCGCCGAUGGAUUGACACCCGCUUAGAGAACCCUCUCUUGAAACUCGACGUAGCAACUCUAUGUUGGGGGAUCAACCGGUACUGGGAAUCUGCAAUCACUCGCGCUCGUUUGUGGGCACACAUCGACCAGAAAUACGGCCCUCGGGCCUCACGAGACAGAAAGGACGCUGCGUCGGAAAGCAAGAACGGCGUUAUCACACUUUCUGAAUUGCGACGAUUAGUCCCGCAUUUAGAUCGGAGUGCAAUGAUCAUCAAACCUAAAUCUUCUGACUCGAGCCCGCGAGUGCUUUUGUCAAAUACUUUGUUGUUGGAUGAUUGGACUGGAGAGUCUCAGCUGCGGCCUGAGAUUAGUGUGUCAAUGCCUGGGGUAGAUAAGAAAAUCGAUCAGGAGACGAAGAAGCUUUUCCAUGCUUUGCUACGUGAAGAUGGUGCUCUGGGCACGCGAGGUGUGGAAGGUGGUAUCCAUGUUGAUGCGGUGGUAAGGGCGACUGAAGGUGCUCUUGGUGCUUUGUUUGGUGGUCUUUGA